CAGAUGUCAACAACAUUUUAAGCUUAACCAUGCUAGACCGUCUAUUCCACAGAACCAUGUGAAACUACUGGCUCAGAGCCGCUCGUUAGCAUUCAAAGCUAAACGGAAGGGUGAUAUUGAACUACGGAAAGAAGCUCGUCGCCUACGUAACUUAGCACGCUUCGAGUUAAAAAAAUUUCAAAAAGAACAAUUAGCCAAACAGUUAAAAGAAAGGCAUCUGUCAGGUGAAACAUCUCGGCUGUUUUGGGGUAAAACAAAAAGACAUUUUCAUCUGGUAUCUUCAUCAUUGAGGAGAUUCUUGUCCCCGUGUGAAGAAAUUAUAAAAGACUCACAAAUAAUGGCCAACAUGACAGCUGAUCACUAUGAAAGAUUAUUUGAAGCACCCGUAGUGAUACGUCCACAUCCGUAUGUCGAUGCUCCUCCAGUACAAUGGAAAAAUGCAGCUGAACCUAUACCGAUGGUUACUUAUCCAGAAAUAGUAAAUAUUUUACGUUCAAGAAAGAAAGAAAAGUGUCUUGACAUUCACGGACUUUCACCAUUUAUACUUGAUAAAAUACCUCACAACUAUUGGCAUCUACUGGUACAACUAUACAACUAUUCAUUUACUGAAGGAUACAUUUUAAAGAAGUUAGAAUGA